CAAGGGAGAAGGAAGUACAUGGAAGAUGCCGUCAUCGUCAUCCCUGACCUUAGGAGCGAUGAGGACCCGUUCAGCAUGUUUGCAGUCUUUGACGGGCACGGUGGGAUUGAGGCGGCAAGGUGGGCGGUGGAGAAUCUGUGGAAGUUCCUUGCCCUCCUUCUGCAUGAGGGAAGAGAACCGGAGGAAGCGCUGAGGACGUCUUUCUCCAUGGCAGGAUGCACGGCUGCGGUGGUGCUGGUGCGAAGGGAUGAAGUGUGGGCGGCCAACGCGGGGGACACGCAGAUCGUGCUGCUGGGCGACAGCAGGGGGGGGAGGGGGGAGCAGCUCUGUGAGAUCCAUCGGCCCGACAACGAGAACGAGAGGAGGAGGGUGGAGGAGCUGGGCGGGUUUAUCAAGACCGUGGGGGUCCCGCGUCUCAACGGGGUGCUUGCGGUAACGAGGAGCCUGGGGGACUUCAGUCUACAUCCUCAUCUCACAUCCGAGCCGUUCGUUACCAAGGCUGCGCUCCUUCCCGACGACAGGCACCUGGUCAUUGCAACGGACGGG